AUGGCUUUGGACGCUCCCAGCGGGGUUCACACUGCCGGGGUCAAGUGUCGGGUAGGGGUAAAGUAAAAAGGAGGGCUGUGGGGAAUGGUGCGCUGAGAACUGAGCCUCCGAGAGACUCGGAAACGGUGCGGCCCUCUCUGUUGUCCCGGAACUCGCCUUCACCGAAGGGACCUUCUCAGCCGCUGCAGUCCCGGGGACAACGCCGUCGCGCCCCAGUGACGUAGGCUCGGGGAAGUCGGGGACCCGGGUACUGGGUUAGGGGGUGUAGUCCCUGAUUCCCGCUGCCUCUGCCCGUUUGCCGAGGCUCAAGUGUUUAGGCUAGAGCGAAAAAGGCAAGCGCCGUUGUACCAAGCUUUCCUGGUACAUUUCCCUGCCAACUGAUUCUCGUAAGCUUCCAGACCUCAAAGAUCAACUACCUAAUUGGCAAAUUGAUCCCCAGAGUAGGCUAGGGCUUGUCCAAGGCGUUUCCAGUACAUCCUGAGCCAGAACCCAGAUCUCCUAACUUCUACGGCAGUGCUGUAUCUAAUUGCCUAGUGGAAGCAUGAGACUAUACCUCUUCAUGCACCCAUUCAUUCGAUCUCUCUCUCUCGACAUUGGAUAUUUCAUUCAAUAAAAUGGGCCAGGGCACUGUGUCAGAUUCUAGAAAUAUGUGAGUCACAUAUGUAGGUUGAAAUCUUCUAAUAGCCACAAUUAAAAAGUAAAACAAGUGAAAAUUUUAGUCAUACAUUUAACCCAGUUUAUACAAGUAUUUCAACAUGUAAUCAACAUUUAAAAAUCGAGAUCUUAUGCAUUCUUUUCUCAUACCAAGUCUUCAAAAUCCAGUGCGUAUUUUACACUUAACUGCACAUCUCAAUAAGGCAACACCACAUUUGCAGUACAGUGCUCAGUAGCCACAUGUGGCUGCUGGCUUCUGUAUUGAAGAGCACAGCUCUGGGAAAUCAAAGGCAAACAAGAUUCAAGGUCGCUGGUCCCAUGGGGCAUAAUAUUGGAAAAACACCAGAAAGUAAACUGACAAGCCACACCAGCCUCUGCUAAUCCCCAAACAGGUACCCUCUGUGCUCUUGCUGUUCCCUUGGCCUAGAAUGCUCUUCCUUAAGAUGCAGCCCGGCCUCUGGGGGCCGCUGCCGGGCCUGUGAGCCUGUGGACCAGGAGCUCCUGCUGCCGUCGUAGCGUCACGUCCGGUCUCGGGCGGAAGUUUUCCGGCGGCGUACCGGGAAGUCGCUGAAGACAGAGCGAUGGUAGUUCUGGAGGCCUCGCUCCGGGGCCGACCCGAGGCCACAGUUCCUCCGCGGUAGACCGGACUUGGGUGACGGGCUCCGGGCUCCCGAGGGAUGGAAGGGUCUAAGACGUCCAACAACAGCACCAUGCAGGUGAGCUUCGUGUGCCAGCGCUGCAGCCAGCCCCUGAAACUGGACACGAGUUUCAAGAUCCUGGACCGUGUCACCAUCCAGGAACUCACAGCUCCAUUACUUACCACAGCCCAGGCGAAACCAGGAGAGACCCAGGAGGAAGAGACUAACUCAGGAGAGGAGCCAUUUAUUGAAACUCCUCGCCAGGAUGGUGUCUCUCGCAGAUUCAUCCCCCCAGCCAGGAUGAUGUCCACAGAAAGUGCCAACAGCUUCACUCUGAUUGGGGAGGCAUCUGAUGGCGGCACCAUGGAGAACCUCAGCCGAAGACUGAAGGUCACUGGGGACCUUUUUGACAUCAUGUCGGGCCAGACAGAUGUGGAUCACCCACUCUGUGAGGAAUGCACAGAUACUCUUUUAGACCAGCUGGACACUCAGCUCAACGUCACUGAAAAUGAGUGUCAGAACUACAAACGCUGUUUGGAGAUCUUAGAGCAAAUGAAUGAGGAUGACAGUGAACAGUUACAGAUGGAGCUUAAGGAGCUGGCACUAGAGGAGGAGAGGCUGAUCCAGGAGCUGGAAGACGUGGAAAAGAACCGCAAGACAGUGGCAGAAAAUCUCGAGAAGGUCCAGGCUGAGGCUGAGAGACUGGAUCAGGAGGAAGCUCAGUAUCAGAGAGAAUACAGUGAAUUUAAACGACAGCAGCUGGAGCUGGAUGAUGAGCUGAAGAGUGUUGAAAACCAGAUGCGUUAUGCCCAGACGCAGCUGGAUAAGCUGAAGAAAACCAACGUCUUUAAUGCAACCUUCCACAUCUGGCACAGUGGACAGUUUGGCACAAUCAAUAACUUCAGGCUGGGUCGCCUGCCCAGUGUUCCCGUGGAAUGGAAUGAGAUUAAUGCUGCUUGGGGCCAGACUGUGUUGCUGCUCCAUGCUCUGGCCAAUAAGAUGGGUCUGAAAUUUCAGAGGAUGGAUGUGGAGAAAGGCAAGAUUGAAGACACAGGAGGCAGCGGCGGCUCCUAUUCCAUCAAAACCCAGUUUAACUCUGAGGAGCAGUGGACAAAAGCUCUCAAGUUCAUGCUGACGAAUCUUAAGUGGGGUCUUGCUUGGGUGUCCUCACAAUUUUAUAACAAAUGACUUUUUUCCUUAGGGGGAGGUUUGCCUUAAAGGCUUUUAAUUUUGUUUUGUUUGCAAACAUGUUUUAAAUUAAAUUCGGGUAAUAUUAAACAGUACAUGUUUACAAUACCAAAAAAGAAAAAAUCCACAAAAGCCACUUUAUUUUAAAAUAUCAUGUGACAGAUACUUUCCAGAGCUACAACAUGCCAUCUAUAGUUGCCAGCCCUGGUCACAGUUUUGAUUCUUAACCCCAUGGACUCCUUUCCCUUUCUUCUCUGAAAAAAACUAAUUUAAAUUUGCUUUUCUUUUUUUUAACUGAGUUGAAUUGAGAUUGAUGUGUUUUCACUGGAUUUUUAUCUCUCUCAACUUCCUGCACUUAACAAUAUGAAAUAGAAAAUUUUGUCUUUACUGAGAUGAGGAUAUGUUUGAGAUGCACAGUUGGAUAAUGUGGGAAAAUGACAUCUAAGCUUUACCUGGUCACCAUGUGAUGUGAUCAGAUGCUUGAAAUUUAACACUUUUCACUUGGUUCUUAUACUGAAUGCCGACUCUGCUCUGUGUUAGAGAUAUGAAAUGGUGUUUGAUACUGUUGGAGACAUUAUGGAGAGAUUUAAUUAUUUGUAAUAAAAGAUUUGCUGCAGUCUGAAAACUG